ACUCUGCUAUCAUAUUCAUCUUCCCCCCCGCGCGCGGGCAAACUGCAAGCAUCGCUCUUAAAAAAAUUAUCGCCAGCAUGGCACGCCUGUUCCGCCAUUCCUCCUCCUCCUGCCACUCCAGUGACCUCCCCGCCGCCGGCGCCGCCACCUCCUCCUCGCCGCCGCUCCCUUCCCCUUUCCCCGAUCUCGGCGUGGCCCUCUCCGACGCCGACCUCCGCACCACCGCCUACGAGCUCCUCGUCGCCGCCUCCCGCGCCACCGGCGCCAAGCCCCUCACCUACAUCCCUCAGUCCGCGUCGACCUCCUCCUCCUCAACCCUCCAGACCACGACAGCGUCCGGCAAUGGGAAGGGGGCGCUCGGGCUCAGGCCCUCGGCGUCCUCCAACGACGGGCGCCCGGCGACAGCGGCGGAGCUGGUGCGGGUGCGGAUGGGGGUGACGGAGCAGGCUGACGCGAGGAUCCGCCGGGGGCUUCUCCGCAUCGCCGCCGGCCAGCUUGGCAGACGUGCAGAAUCUAUGGUUUUGCCCUUAGAGUUCCUGCAGAAGUUUAAAGCAUCAGAUUUCCCUGAUCCUCUAGAGUAUCAGGCUUGGCAGACUAGGAAUUUCAAGCUUCUCGAGGCUGGUUUGCUGGUCCAUCCGCUUGUUCCUUUAAAGAAAUCAGACAUUUCUGCACAGAGACUGCAUCAAAUAAUACAUGAAGCAUAUGAUGGUCAACUUGAAACUGGGAGGAACUCAGAGUCCAUGCAAAGGCUGCGCCGUGCUGUCAUGUCCCUUGCGUGUAGAUCCCUUGAUGAAGCUUCUGAUGAGUGCCACUGGGCAGAUGGCUUUCCCUUGAAUCUCCAUAUCUACAAAAUGUUGUUAGAAGCUUGCUUCAAUGGUGGUGAUGGCACUGUAGUAGAUGAGAUUGGUGAAGUGGUGGAGCUGUUAAAGAAGACUUGGGUUAUUCUUGGAGUCAAUCGAAUGCUCCACAACCUUUGCUUUAAUUGGGCAUUGUUCAACCAUUUUGUCAUGUUGGGCCAAGCAGAUAAUGAGUUACUUUCUGCUACAGAGAAUCUGUUAGUUGAAGUUGCAAAAGAUGCUAAAAUAACAAAAGACCCAGAUUAUUGUGAUGUAUUGAGCUCCACUUUAAGCUCGAUAAUGGGUUGGACAGAGAAAAGACUGCUUGCUUACCAUGAAACUUUCAAUACAAGUAAUAUUUAUACCAUGCAAGAUAUUGUCUCAAUAGGAAUCUCAACUGCAAAGAUUCUUGUUGAAGAUGUAUCUUAUGAAUACUGUCCUGGAACGAAGGAAGAGACUGAUGUAGUGCGCAGCAGGAUAGAAACCUAUAUACGGUCCUCACUCCGCACUGCCUUUUCUCAAAAAAUGGAAGAGGUGUAUUCAAAGCGGUCAUCAAGGAACCCUACGCUUAUUCUGUCUAUUCUUGCAAAGGAAAUUGGUGACCUUGCUACCAAGGAGAAAAAUAUGUACAGUCCAAUAUUGAAGAAAUGGCACCCCCUUGCUGCAGGUGUUGCAGUUGUAACCCUUCAUGCUUGCUUUGGGAAUGAGCUGAAGCAAUUUAUAGUUAGGCUUACAGAACUCACACUGGAUACAGCUGAAGUGCUUAAGGCGGCUGACAACUUAGAGAAGGUCCUAGUUCAUAUUGCUGUUGCAGAUUCUGUGGACAGUGAUGAUGGAGGAAAGUCAUUGGUCAGUGAGAUGCCACCGUAUGAGGCUGGAACUGUAAUUGCUAAUCUGGUGAAAGCAUGGGUAAAAGAACGAGUAGACAAACUUAAGGGAUGGGCUGACCAGAAUUUACAGCAGGAGACUUGGAACCCAAAGGCUAAUAACAGGGAUAGUUUUGCUCCCUCUUCUAUGGAGAUGCUGCACAUAAUUGAUGAGACUUUGGAUGCAUUUUUUCAGUUGCCUAUACCAAUGCACUCUACUCUGCUUCCUGAUCUGACAGCUGGAUUCGAUGCAUGUCUGAAGUAUUAUGUCUCUAAAGUGAAGUCUGGCUGUGGAACACGGAGUACUCUUUUUCCUCAGCUACCUCAUUUAACGAGGUGCGACGUUGGAUCCAAAUUAUUCAAGAAAAAGGAAAAACCACAGUUUCUUGUGAAGCGAGGAUCACAAGUUGGAUCAACCACUGGAAAUGAAGCCUCGAGUCUUCCUGGACUAUGUGUACGUAUAAAUACUCUCAAUUACAUCCAAAAUGAGCUAGAGAACCUGGAUAAGAAGAUGAAAACAUGCUUGCAACUUGGUGAGUGGGCUCAGUCUGAUACGGUUGAUGGACUGAACAUCAACUUCGAGCUAUCCAAGGCAGCUUGCCAAGAAGGAAUCCGACAGUUGUGCGAGACAACUGCAUAUAAAGUAAUAUUCAAUGAUCUGAAUCACGUUCUUUUGGAUACGCUGUAUGUUGGUAGCCCAGCAUCAAAUAGGAUAAUGCCUGUGUUAAGAGAGCUUGGCCCUAUACUUAGGAUUAUAUCUGCCACAGUGCAUAGUAGGAUGCGAAACAGUCUGAUAACAGCAUUGAUGAAAGCCUCUUUUGAUGGAUUUUUGUUGGUGCUUCUAGCCGGUGGACCUACACGUGCUUUCAGCUGUCAAGACUAUCAGAUAAUAGAGGACGAUUUCAGAGCCCUCAGAGGCUUAUAUUUAGCAUAUGGUGAUGGCGUGGCAGAGGAAUUAGUUGGCAAGGCUUCCUCGGAGGUUAAGAACAUUCUGCCACUCCUACGGACAGACACUGAAACCCUCAUUGGACGGUUCAAGCAGAUAAUUUCUGAAUCUUAUGAAUCUACAACGAAAUCUAGGUUCCCGAUUCCUCCUGUGCCUGUCCAGUGGAGCCCAAAUAACCCCAACACAAUACUGCGUGUUUUGUGCUAUCGAAAUGAUGAGGCAGCUACUAAGUUCCUCAAGAAAACAUAUGAUCUGCCAAAGACACUUUGAUUUGUGCAAAAAUGCACAGCCAAUUGUGUAUGUUUGCAGGUUCCAAAAGAUGUGUUGAAUUGGAAUGUACUGCCUCCUUGUAAAGAAUACCAGCAUGAACAUACAAGGGGAGAAUUACGCAGUCUGAAUGUGGACGGUCACAUGGAUGGAGACAGGAGAUUCAGUUCUUUGAGUUGGUCCACACCAAUCUACGAUGUUGUGUUAUUUGAAUUGGUUGUUUUUACAGCGUAAUUGGAUGAUUGUUGUUCAAAUCAUUUGUUUCUGCUGAUCCUGGCAUUUGAGUGCAUGUGAUAUACUCAUCUGUGAAUAGGAUCUAUACAACAUAGGGUGCUCAGUAUCUGUAUAUGUGCAAAUGGUUACUUGGCUGGUAUUUUUGCAGUUGACUGCAGAGGAAAAGAUGGCAGCUGUGUACAUAUGUGAUACGUUUUACAGUAAUGUUUGAGAAAACUAGCUCAAUAGCACGCACUAAGAGGAUGCAAAGAUGGGAGAUUUGAUGUGUGAUUGAAAAUAUACUUGUAUUUAAUCUUGCCCUACCACCAAAUUAUGCUGUUUAUAUCUUU